AUGACUCAAUCUCAGAACAACAGUAUUAACUUAUCUGACAGACAAGAGGAAGUGAUAAAGCGAUUUCAUUCAUCUGUUAAUACAGGUCCAUCUUUUGUAUGUAAAAGUUGUUCUCAGAUUUGGUUUAAACACUCGGUCAGGAAAGCAACAGGAAUAAGUGAAGAUUUCUUGCAUCAGCAUGGCUUCCAAAAGCAGGACAUUAUUUGUAACACCUGUCACACAUAUUUAAAAGCCGAGAAAGUUCCACCUUGUUCAUUCAUAAAUGGUUUAAAAUUCCCCUCCAAGCCACAAGAGUUGAACAUUAAUCCCCUCGAAGAGAGGCUCAUUGCACCCAGAAUCCCAUUUAUGCAGUUAAGGGAAAAGCCUCGGGGUGGCCAAAUGAGUAUCACAGGAAAUGUUGUGAACGUUCCUGCUGAUGUAACUUCUACAGUUAAAAAAUUGCCUCGACUUCUGAGUGAAAAUGAAACUAUACCUUUGAAGUUCAAGCGGAGUAUGAGUUUUAAGCAUUCUAUGGUUUUUGAAAGAAUACGCCCAAACAAAGUCCUCGCAGCAACCCAAUGGUUGAUACAGAAUAGUACUUUAUUUAAAGCAGAAGGUAUAGAAUUGAAUGAAUCCUGGGAUUGCCAAGAUGAUGAAUCAGAUGAUGAAAAUGAAUUAAAUUCGACAUCGAUUACAAAUUCAGUGGAAGAAACCAUCACAGAAGCUUGGACAGAGGAAGGUAGUAUGGAUGAUAGGCCGACCGGCAAUAUGGACACUCUAAUGCAAAGUAUUGACUUCCGAGAAUUUAAUCAGGUUUUGAGUGUUGCCCCUGGUGAAAACUUUAGCCCUCUUAGUAUAUUUCAAGAUAAAAAUGCAGAAUUUUUAGCAUUUCCUACCAUCUAUUGUGGUGAAGCAAGACCAGACAACAAAUUAAGAACUGUUCCUUUGCAUUACAGUACUAUUUGCAAAUGGGAGUUAAGAAAUGUGGAUAGGAGAUGUGCACAGUGUAUACCAAAUCUAUUUUACAAGUUGAAAAGAAUACAAAUUAAGCAAAUCCAGGACAAAGUCAUGCUUGCUAUGCGGAAAUGCAAACUACAGGGUAAAAAAUACACUGCUGCACAAAUACUUGACUCCCAGACUGCGGACUCUAUUGUUCGACUAAAUGAAGGAUUUCAUGUUCUCAGAAAUCUACGAGGAUCACCCCCUUACUGGGAAAAAGCAAAAAAGGACAUUUUCGCUAUGAUCAGGCAGCUGGGUUUACCCACUUGGUUCUGUUCAUUUUCUGCAGCGGAAACAAAAUGGACACCGUUACUUAAAACACUGGGAGAGCUUAUUGAUAAUGUGACCUACACCGAAGAGGAAAUCAGGAACAUGAGCUGGGAACACAAAAGUAAACUCAUAAAGUCUGACCCAGUAACUUGUGCAAGAUAUUUCGACUUCAGAUUUAACAAAUUCUUUGCAGAGGUAUUGAGUCACAAAACAAACCCUGUAGGCUUUAUUGAAGAUUUUUUCUACAGGAUUGAGUUCCAGCAGAAGGGCUCUCCUCACGUGCAUAUGCUUCUGUGGAUCAAAGAUGCUCCAUCUGUUCAAACUCACUCAUACGAAGAAGUAGCUCAGUUCAUUGACAAGUAUGCAAUUUGUGAAAAGCAUGGGGCAGAUGAUUUCCUGAUAAAUUACCAGACACAUCGUCAUGCAAGGACUUGUAUGAAAAAGAAUAAACCAAUAUGUAGAUUUCAUUUUCCCAUACCGCCAAUGCCUCAAACUGUUGUUCUUGCACCUCUAGAUGAUGAUGAUGAACACUGCUCAACAGCUGUGAUGUCUUACCAGAAAAUUGUAGAUUACCUUAAUUCAUCAAAGUUUAGAGAGUCUGAAAUUGAAAUGACAUUUCAAGACAUUUUAUUAGAAUUGCAAAUGAAUGUGGAGUGCUACAUCAGGGCAGUGAGGUCAACUUUGAAACAAGAAAAAGUUUUCUUGAAGCGAAAUCCUAAUGAAGUGAGAAUUAAUGCUUACAAUAAUGUUCUACUACAGAGCUGGCAAGCAAAUAUGGACAUUCAAUUUAUUUUGGAUGCAUAUGCUUGUGCUACUUACAUAGUGUCCUACAUUUCUAAAGGUCAGAGAGGAAUGUCCAACUUGCUGCGACAUGCCUGUGAAGAAGCAAGACAGAAUGACUCUGAUAUUCGCCAACAAGUGAGACGCAUAGGGAACAAGUUUCUUUCUCAUGUUGAGAUAGAUGAGCGUGUUGUUUUAUUGAAACCUAGACAUGUUUUAGAAGAACUGAAAGAAAGCAGUACAGAUAUUGAAGCUGGCAAUAUCACAAGACUGUAUCAACAACGACCAAAAGCUCUUGAAGGAAUCUGUCUUGCUGAUUUUGUGUCUUGGUUUCAAGUAAAGUAUCACAAGGAAAACACCAAACAGAACACUUCAGAGGAGUUGCCUGAAAAUGAGCCAGAGGAAGAAAUUUCAGACGAUGCAAUAUCUGUCACAAUAGAUUCCUGUGAAUUUGCUCAAAGUUACAUGUUCAGGAAUGGCACAGAAAUUGUCAAAAGAAAAAAGCCUAUGGUUUUAAGAUGGCAAGGGGGAAAGGCUUUGAAUGAUAUGGAAAAUGUGCUUUUUAAUGUAGAUGCAGAGGAUUUGUGUGCAGAUUUUAUUGCUCCAGGAAAUGAACAUGAGGAAGAAAUAGACAGAGAAGAAGGAUCAACACUCUCAAGAAAGUGGGGUUGUUUUGAUCCUGGUAAACAUGCACCAGAUUAUGACAUAGGCCUUGAGCUUGGAAUUCAACGAAAACAACUUGAUGAGGAGAUAUCCCAAAUGGGGGAAAUGGAGGAUAUUCCAUACAGAGAAAUGUUAAGAGGCCUUAAUCAACAGCAAAGGGAAUUCUUUAAUCAUGUGUUACACUGGUUGAAAACUAAGAAAGAGCCUUUGUAUGCUUUCUUGUCUGGUGGAGCAGGAGUUGGAAAAAGUGUACUUACAAGAGCCCUUUAUCAGGCAUUGCUAAAAUUCUACUCUCACCAAGUUCAUGAAAAUCCGGACAAUUUGCAUGUUCUUCUCUGUGCACCAACUGGAAAGGCAGCUCAUAACAUAAAUGACUCUACAAUUCAUGCAGCAUUCUGCAUUCCAGUCGGUAGGGGAUUUGCUUACAAACCAUUAGACAUGCAACAAUUAAAUGUAAUGCGUACUCGAUACAUGAACCUAAAAGUAAUUUUCAUAGAUGAAAUUUCCAUGUAUGGUCCAUUAGCAGCAAAUUUGUGGAGAGACAACUUCAAACUGUUUGAAUUAACCAUAAUUGUGCGCCAAAGGGAUGACAGGACAUUUGCUAAAUUACUGAACAGAUUGCGAGAAGGAAAUCAAACCGAACAAGACAUCAGUGUACUAUGUCAAUGUGUGAAGGCAGAGACUCCGGAUAUUACAAAUAUACCCCAUUUGUUUACCACAAGAAAUGAAGUACAGUCUUACAAUAACAAGAUUUAUGAUAUGGCAGAUGAUUCACAGAAAGUUAGUAUAAAUGCUAUUGACUGGGUUAUUGGAGCAUCUGAAGAAGCUGUAAAAUCAAAAGUGUUAGCAAGAGUCCCUGAUGAUUGUGCCAGAACACUUGGGUUAUCAUCCAUAUUGUGCUUGGUAAUUGGAGUUCCAGCUGAAAUAACCAGUAAUGUUAAUGUUCAAGAUGGAAUCACAAAUGGUGCGUCAUGCACAGUAAAACUCUUUGAUUAUCGUGUUGAAGGAUCAACAAGGUGUAGCAUUAUUUGGGUGCAAUUUGAUGAUGACAACAUUGGGAAGGAGUUGCGCAAGGAAUAUGCAAGGCUAUUCAAAAGUGAAAUUGAGAAAACUUGGACACCAAUAUUAGAAAUAACAAGGCAGUUUAAAAUUCAGAUGAAUGCUGUGUUGGAAGAGAUGAACAGGCUUAGAAAUGAGGGAAAGAUGAAAGUGUGCAUUGACAAUUUAGGAGAAAAGGACCCUCAUACUACAGUUUUAACAUCAUUUAACAUAAGAUCGCUUCAUAAGCACAAGGAGGAUUUGGAAAAGGAUGUCAACCUUAUGGCUUCAGAUGUAUUAGCAAUAUCUGAGACAAGACUUAUUGAAACUGAUGAUGCUGAGACAUUUUCUAUGCCAGGAUAUACAAUGUAUAGGUUUGACUCUCCACAACAUUGCACCCAACGGCCAUCAUAUGGUCUUGCUUUUUAUGUUAAGGAAUCAUUAACUGUAAAGAAAAUCAUCAAAAGAAGAGAACAGAAUGUUCAAUUCUUUUCCUUGGAUAUUGAAAUUCACAGUGGAAAGUCAAUGUUAUUUUUGUUCUUGUAUAUUCCACCAAAGACAGAUUUGACAACAGUGAAAAACAUGCUUCGCAAUAUGUUUCAAGACUGUUUAAUAGAUUCUGAUCCUGUAGUAUUGACUGGGGACUUCAAUAUUGACAAUCUAUCACCACAAACAGGUAAUAUCAUCAAAUUUAUGUCUGAAUUUAAUCUCAAUACCUGCCAACAGGAUCUACAACUGACUAUGGAUCUGCACUUGAUCACAUAUAUACAAACGUUCUAG